CGCUAAGUUAAGGAAGUUAGAGGACGGGUCUAAAAAGGGACGUCCCACAUCUCGGACCGGCUAUUGAGGACUCGGUGUUUGCCUAGACUCAUUACUGGAGGAUUGGCUCAGAUAAGCGUCAUCUUCUGCUGCUUGAAUCGACCCUCUAAGCUUGCAUCAGCUGCUCACCAGACCACAUCACCAUGGCCACCAAGACUCGAGACGGUCACGUAUGGACGCCCUCCAGUGGCAUGCAGGCGGGUAUUGAGAGCGAUGCUGUGAUUUCGCCAUCGCGCUCCGUUCCCUCAGCCACUAAGACCUACGACACCAUCAUCAUCGGCGCAGGUUAUGCAGGCCUUUCUGCUGCCCGCGACCUCGCUCUCUUGAACCAUGAUGUUCUUCUCAUCGAGGCCAGAGAUCGAGUUGGCGGCCGUACCUAUACUGCCAAGAAAGAUGGCUUUCUUUAUGAGAUGGGAGGGACUUGGGUAACUCAUCAUAUGGGAUACCUGUUCAGAGAAAUGGUUCGCUAUGGCAUGGACCACGACCUGAUCACCACUGGAAGCCCGGACAUGCACAAGGGCUAUUACACAAUCGACGUUCCCGGAGCUGAGCCGCGCAAGCUAAGCCACGAAGAGGCCGGCGCGAUGCAGGCCAAGGCCUGGGACAUGUUCGUCAACGUCGACGGCCAAUUCGGCCGCACCCUCUGCCCGCUCCCCCACGCACAGCUCGACAACCCCAUCGUCCCCCGAGCCACGGUAGAGAAGUGGGACCAGUUGUCCUGCCACGACCGCUUCGAGGAGAUCAAGCACAAGCUCACAAGCGAGGAGCAGGGCCUCCUGGUCUCGCUGCUGCUUCACAUCUCCGGAGGCAGGAUGAAGGAGUCUAGUCUCUGGGAUAUGAUCCGCUCCCAUGCCCUUCUCAUGCAUAGCUCUGAUAACUUUACCGAUGUUUGGCUGAGGUACAAGCUGAGAGACGGCCAGACGGCACUUGCUAAGCGUAUGUUUGAGGAGGCGGCAGAGGCUGGCCUUGACUACGCCUUCUCGGCGCCGGUCAAGUCCAUCGAGCAAGAGUCGUCGGGCGACCAGCCCGUGACUGUGAGUACCACCAAGGGAGAUGUCUUUCGCGCUCGCAAGAUCAUCAGCACAAUUCCUCUCAACGUUCUACGGGACAUUCAGUUCUCCCCUCCGCUGUCCCAGCGCCGACAGGAGGCCAUCAACAUUGGCCACGUCAAUCAUAUGACCAAGAUCCACGCCGACGUCAGUAACAAAGAGCUCGAGAGAUGGAACGGCAUGCGCUUCCCUGGCCUUCUCAUGUACGGCUACGGCGAUGGCGUCCUGCCCAACGGCGAUGUGCACGUCGUAGCGUUUGGCGCUGACGAGCGUGAAACUUUCGUGCCUCAGAAUGACGCCGAGAAGACAAUCGGAGCCCUGAACAAGCUCCAUCCCAUGGACGUGAAGCGGCUGAUCCUGCACAACUGGAGCUCCGAUCCCUUCUCCAAGGGUGGUCCCGCGUGGUGGCAGCCUGGCUACAUGUCCAAGUAUCAGGACGAACUCCAAAGCCGUCAUGGAAACAUCCUGUUCGCAUCUGCGGAUUGGGCGCAUGGAUGGCGAGCGGCCAUCGACGGUGCUUUGGAGCAAGGCUCCCUCAAUGCCCAUACCGCGCACCGUGAACUGGCUGCCCGUCAAAAGAAGACAGUCCGCAAGCUGUAAAAACUCCUCGACAGCUAUUUGUAUACCUAUUGCCAAAUGACCAAUUUGUACUAGC